AAAAAGAAGGGGAGAAGGGGAGAAGGAAAGAAAGGAAGAACGGAAGAGAAAGGAAAAAAAUACGAGAAAGAGUAGUCAGAUCUUUUAGAAAGAUGUCCUUCUUCCUAGAAAUCUUUUUGUACAGAUGGGUGUAUCUUACUAUCUUAUCAAAGUAGGAGUUAUAAUCAGAGGGUGCUGAGUCAACAAGUUUAAAUGCAUUACAGACCAGGCUAUCCUUGUUUCCUAAGCACAUGCCACAUUUUCACAUCCCUGUUCCUCUUUCCUGGUGUUAUUUCUACAAUCCUCUAUCUUUUAAUGGCUCUUGUCAUAUUCUGUCUUAUAGAUUAGUCAUCUUUGUAUUUAUCUGUAAUGUUAAGUAUUUACUUGCCACGUAAGGAACAGGUCUAUGUAAUUUGGGGCAAUGCAUUUCAUUUCACUGGGCCUCACUAUGCACAUCUGUAAGUGGGAAAAUGAUAGCCACCUUGCUGAAACAGUGUAAGAAUUUUAUAAAGGAGUGUAUGACAUGCUUGCCAGAAAAACUAGCAUGUGGCCAUCAUCCGAUAUCCUUGUUGUUGUUACCACUACUGUUAUUAAUAUUCCCUUCUCUGCAGUUCUUUCCCAACAACAUUCUUCUUUGGGUCCUAGGCUGAUCUCAUUGAGUUCAUUAUCUCCUCAAGCAACAAACACAAACGCAGUGACUUUUCCAUAAUAGGAACUGAAUAAAAAGUAUAUUGACUCUUCUUGUGUAAGUCAGUAGGGUCUGUUACUUCCUAACGGAGAUCCUUACUUUGUUUCCUGGGAGUUUAGAAUAGUGGCUGCUUGUGGCCAGUGCCGCAUUCUCAUUUGGGUUCCCCACGGACUCCCCAACCACUGAGGAUUGCUCUUCCCAACAUCCCCAGAAGUGUCAGCUUAUAGUCCUGGUUCAUAUGAUUAAUGAGCUUGUUGUACCUCUGUCUGUAGCCUGAACUAGAAACUUUCACUUUGGAGAGCAGGUCAAGAUACUGAAUUUAAUUUUAGUUGUAUCUGUUAUAAGCCAAUUGUGUAUUCAUUACAUUUAUAGAUUCCCUCUCCAGCCGUAUAUUUUCAUGGCUGUUGAGAGCACCUGACUCUGUGUUGAAUGUCCUUAGAUUUUCCUUUGGGGACCUGAAAAUGAGGCAGUGAGGCAAUUUUGAUAGCUAGCUAUCAUCUUUGGCAUUUUUUUCCCUUUAUAUCUAAUCUGGUCUGUUUGAAGAAGGGGGCCCAUUUAGGCUUUUUAUCUAACUUGAGUAUGGCAUGGUCAUUCUGUAUGAGUGAUGGCUAUGGUCAACGCAAUUCAUCUACACAUUUCUGUCUGUCCUGGCAUGCAACCACAUUCUCUGGCAAGGGGAAACUUCUGAAAAAUGGAAGUGAGAAAAUAACCAGAGGCUGGCCAGGGUAAAGAACCAGCGUUAAAUACACAGGUUCAGCUGUAGUGCCGUGGCAUGCAAGGUGGACUCGGGGUACGUACGGACCUCACUGGUCCUUCCAGCGAAUGAUGAGAGCAUGUUAAAGGAGCAGAUCACAUGACUGUGGCCACGAGAGAGUGACAGUAGGGUAUGCUCAAGUCAGAAAGAAUGUUGCAUCUUACCCAGCCAAAAGUUCCAUUUCUUUCCGAGUGUGCUGGUAUUCCAGAGGGGAAAGGGUCACAUUUAGUAGAACUGGUAAUUCAAUAAAGGGCUCUCACUUUGCCAGAGUAAUGGGGUUGGCAUCAAGAGAAGAAAGUUUUGCAGAUUUCUGUGUGUGCACUUGCUGUUACUGGUGUUCCUGGUGGGUGGCUGAAUCAUCCUGAUGGUAUUCAACAGGAACCAGCUGCUGAGAAUAUUAAAAUGCAAGCAUUUAUUCCUCCAGAGAGACAGUAGCAUCUGCAGAGUUUUCCUAUCUUGAUAGUACAGAUAAUCCCAGGGAGCAUUCUCUAGUAGUUUUAACUUUCUAUUUAUUUAUACUUUUUUUUUUUUCAUCAUUAUUGUCAGUAUCUCAAGUUCUAACUAGAGAGAAGAACGCCUGAGUCCACACCAGGUUGUCGAGACAGAUAGUAAGCACUUAGCCCGGGACACGGUAUAGCCUCUGGGGCUUUACCCUGAAUUUGGAUUCUCAAGAGGAAAAAUGGGCAUUGCCCUCCCUUGGCCCGUCUUCACGGCAAAGAGCCGCCCAGAAUCCUAGUCCUCAGUGAGCCACACUGGCAGGAAGGAAAAGCCUCAGACCUCCCCACUCUCAAGGCAGGCUUCUUCUUUGGAGCUUUCCCUUUUACUCAUAAAAAUUGUGAAUUUGUUGCUUUCCCUGUGUGAUUUGUUGUUGUUACUGUUGUUUUGAGCUAGCAUCAACAGUUGGGGGAAAUGGAGGUGCAGGAAGGCGGUUUGGACUCAGUAAUCUACUAGGUCUUUUCCAUCUCUAAUAUUUAUGAAUAAUGUAUUGAACUGAUGGGAAAAUGUUGAAUAUGUUCAUUAUGAAUUAUAUUCACCGGCGUGUUGCCUGGAAUAUAAAAGAGCAAAGCCGUUGCAGCAUAACUAGUUCCUUACAAUAAAUGUACUGGUACGACAGAGCUCUGUGUCCCUUCCUGGCCCAUUGUGUGUCGUCCCCACGCACACACUCUCCACGUCUGAGUGGCAACUGCAGACUGGGUACCUGAUGGGAUGACAGCCAGCAAGGUUCUGAGGACACGGAGGCCACCCUCUGCGAAGCCUGGGUCCUAAACAGAAGCAGCUUUCUUGAUCAUGUUGAUAAUGCCGUGUCCUCCAGGAGGACUCACCGAAGCUGCCUUCGCACAGCAGAUGGUGCUUAGGGGCUAGUGUGCUGCAGGGGUGAGAGCUCUUAUCACCAAAAAAUAGACUCAUAAUUCUGUCCCUUCGUUAAAAUAAAACAAAACAAAAAAACCUUCGUAUGGAUAACCACUUUGUCAGCUGUGUUACAUUCUGAUGAUAUAAAUGAGUGAGAACGGCAGAUAUUUCAGAAUUAAGUAACUUACUACAUUUAACUUCAAAAUUCAUUAUCUAUGUUCUUCCCUCUUGGUUUUCUUUCACAAUUAUGUUUUGUUUAGGUUGUAUUUAAAUAAAAUUGUAUUCCCUACAAAUGUACCAGAUAACGUUGGGAAACAUUAACCAGAAGCAUGAGAAGUGGCAAGAAACCUAAGAUAGUUUUAUUCCCACAAAUAGUCAACAAAAGAGGUAAUAAGGAGUUUAAAAAGAAUACCAAAAUAGUCUUUCCCUGGCCAAAUAACAGUCAGGCCCUUUUUUUUUAAAUCAAAUACAGCACCGUAAGUGACAUGCAAAUAUGUACCAAAAUAGAGAAAGACUAAGGUCAGGACUUAGAGGAUGCAGCCUUAAUGUACAGUGGAGAGCAGCAAGUUGAAGCAGAAAGAGGCAGCGAAAGCUCUGACCCUUUUUUGGGAUGCCAAGAGAACAACAAGUGUAUCGAUGAGCAGAUCUUGCCUCCAAAAGCCCUCGCUCCUGUUAUAUCCCUUCAGAGCUCUGGACUAGCUCUUGUGAAACGGGAGUCCGAGACCUCACUUGUACCAACUUCCAUGAGGGACAUUAACUCAAAUCCACUGUCCCAGCUUUAUUUACCACUAUUUUGUUUAUUUUAUUUAUCUCUAUUUUGGAGGUAAUUUUUUUUUUUCUUAUGCCCUCUUGAGAACUAAAACCCAUUAGAGCCCAUGAAGAGCAAGGAUAAACAUACAGCAGCCACAUUUAUCAAUUGUUUAUAAUAAUCUCAGAGGGAAGAGAUAGUAAGGAAGUAUGAGAAAGAGAAGAAAGAGUUAAACUUUUUUUGGAAAAUUGCCUUGCCCCACCUUUCAAUCAGGUAGCCUGAAAACAAUAGUGGCUGCCUGAUUCCAGAGUGGUAUAACAUUGAGAGCAGUUGUGAUGGCAGGAAGGGGGGGGGGGUCCCCCAGCUCCACCUUUCCUAACAGGACAAAUCAUUUAACCCAGCUAUGUAAUAGUGCAUUUGUCAAAUAAAUAGAAAACCAUCUAUCCUCAUCUCCCUCACAGCGGUAUUGCUAAGGCUGAUUGUACACAUGUAUAUAAAUGUAUAUAUUAUAGUUAUCUAUUUACAGCAGGGGAGAACGAUUUAAAAAUAAACAAAUCGGGAUUGCAUAUAUGCAACUGUUGCGAAGGUCAAUCACUUUUUUUUGUAAAGACCUUCUUAGCUAAUUACCAGUCGUUAAAACACUUGCAAAUGAUGACUGAGCCUCUGUCACUUCUGUGAAAUGGAAGACUUUUGGAAAUCUAAGCAUGAUUAUAGAGAUUCAAACACAUUUCUAUCUACUUAUGGACCCGUGUGGCCUUACUAAAGUCAGUACAAGCCUACUAAGCAAAACAAAUGAUUAGCUUUGCCAAUAGAUAGAGUAAAAAAAAAAAAAAAAAUCCUAAAUCAAGGUAUAGUAUAAAAGUACAAUUCUGGCUGUAAGAAUGAACUUGUUCUCUAUAUUAGACAGUUAUUUUUUAGAAAAUGGGACAAGGAUAAGGAGAGGAUAAGCUUUAACCUAUACAGACAUUCUAGGCAUCUGCCGAGGCUAUGGGUCUGUCCCAAUGAGAGUCAGACUUAGUUUAUAUAAAGCCCCUAAGAUCAUUGGAAAAGAGGCCACUUUCAUCUAUUUUGUACUGCUACUGUACUUUUGGGUUCAUUUUGCUGCUUUUUCAAUCUCUGCUUCCUAUACAUAGACCUCAGUGGAAUGGCAAUGACUUGGCAGGGGGGUGGGGGAGGGAGACAGGUGAAGAUAAAUAAAUGUGAUAUUGUUAACAUGAUAGGUACCCUCUGCUAGCUUUUCUCUGGUCUGUUACAAGCAUCCAGGAAAGAGAAACUGGCUUCCAUGGAAAGUGAAGUCACAGUUCCAAUUUAGCACAAUAAGGAGAGAGAGAGGGAGAAAACAUACUGUUAGUGAAACAAGGAGUUUCUACUGGGCUAUGACCAGGUUCUCCUGUUUCUUGUAUUUUUCCCCAAACUGAAAAGAGUCAUUGUGGUAAUUUACCUGUGCUUUGAGCCUGUGUGCACUUGUUCAAGAACUGCUCAAGGUAAGGCUAGAAAGAUAUCAGGGACAAGACUUACUUACAUCCAGGAAACUCCGCUUCUUUUUAGUAACUUCUGCUUGUUUUGUUGUGUGUGUGUCUGUGUGUGCAUGCGUGUGUGCGUGUGUGUGUGUGUGUGUGUGUGUGUGUGUGUGUGUGUCUGUGUGUUUUCCCGGAAAUUUGUGUUUUCAGAAACUAUGUGUCAAUUCCCAGACAUUGAUAUCCUGGGCAUCUUUGGGUUGUGACAGAAGUGGGGAUUAGUGCCUGUGACAAGUGUAGCAGAAGCCAGUGCCGUUGCAAUCUAUCAAACAUGUUGGCAGACCCCAGAUUUUUCUGAUCCUUGCUGCAGGAUUCCUUUGCGUCCUUACCCUAGGAAGAGAGAAUUGACUGAGAGUUUUGAGAGCAGGAGUGCACCUUUCUUAAUUUUGGUCUUGGUAAUUAUGGGACUGCCUUGGCUUCAUGAAAACAGUAACUGGAAUCAGGACCACCUUCCUGGGACGCACAACCUUCACAGUUGCUCAUGGUCCCAUGAUUAAGAGGGCCAUAUGCUUGGUUUAAUGCUCUGCUGUUGCUGUCUUGAAAUUCUUAAUGGUUUUUGAAUAAGGGGCCCCACAUUUCCAUUUUGCCUUGAGCCCUACAAAUUAUGUAGCUGGUCGUAUGUGGAAUUUCAGUUUUCCUGGCAUGCCCACUGAAGGUAACAGGCACAUGUCUUUUCUUACUGAAAAUGAUCCUCUUUUCAUCAGAAGCUAAUUCUUGUGUUAAACUUGGAAGAUUUCUGUCCAUAUAAUGUGGUUCCGAAGAACCCAUCACUCUUUCCAUCCUCCAGACAACUCGAGAUGAUUAUAAUCAAGAUGGUCUUGUCUUGUAAUCAGAAACUCAGUAGUCUUGUCUCAGCCAAGUAUCUUUUCGCUAGAGGUUGAUACUUGGAAGAAAUAGUUGUGGUAGUGAAGUCUUUGCCCUUUAUUGGGUGAUUAAAAUAGGUGUCAACCACUACAUUGAGACUGAAAAAAGAACAUGGAACAUUUAGGUUAUCUUAGACUAGGACUUCCCAAGCAUUAUGCUAUUAGACACAACAGGGUAUUCUAAAAACAAGUUGAUCUCCCUGGGCUUCUCUGACCCUGGGCUUCUGUCUCUUAGCCUCCCACCGUUGCAGGCCACUAGAGCUCUGUGUUCCAUCCUUCUUACUUCCUCUCCUGCCUUCAGCCCAUAGCAAUGCUUUCAUCCUUCUUGCUGCAAAUUGGCAUCAGAGGGAUGAAGUUCCUCUCUUUAGUCUAUUUAAGGCACCUAAUAAUAAUGAUUUUUGCUAAAUUUUGUACAUACACACCAACCCCUGUUACCACCUCGAGGAGUGUGAACGACAGAAUUUUAAGAUGGGUCUGGAUUAGACCCCCUGGAGAUUCAUGGACCUGUCCACAGUGAUAGUCGUUAGAACCAGGCUUUCACCAGAAGAACCCAAGUCUCCGGAGUCUUAGCCAGAUGCAGCCGCUCUCUGUUCCCUGCCCCAAUGAACAUCUGCACUAGGCCCAAGCCUUGGAGUGAUUUACCUGAAGAGUGACACCAUUUAUUUGGAAACUACUAUGAGGAAACUGAAGCCCAGAGAGGUGAAGUGAGGUGCCCAAGGCCACACAGCAAGUUAGAGGCACAGCUAGUACCAUAGCUCAAGUCUCCUGACUCCCAGUCCAGUGCUCCUCCCAUUACUCCACGGGUCCUGUCUCUAAGCUUCCUGACAAAUGCUAGAACGGAAGAAACCCAAGACAGCUGAAAACCAGAAGGCAUCUGAGGAGAAUGAGAUUACUCAGCCGGGUGGAUCCAGCGCCAAGCCGGGCCUUCCCUGCCUGAACUUUGAAGCUGUUUUGUCUCCAGACCCGGCCCUCAUCCACUCCACACAUUCACUGACAAACUCUCACGCUCACACCGGGUCAUCUGAUUGUGACAUCAGUUGCAAGGGGAUGACCGAGCGCAUUCACAGCAUCAACCUUCACAACUUCAGCAAUUCCGUGCUCGAGACCCUCAACGAGCAGCGCAACCGUGGCCACUUCUGUGACGUGACGGUGCGCAUCCACGGGAGCAUGCUGCGCGCACACCGCUGCGUGCUGGCAGCCGGCAGCCCCUUCUUCCAGGACAAGCUGCUGCUGGGCUACAGCGACAUUGAGAUCCCGUCCGUGGUGUCGGUGCAGUCGGUGCAAAAGCUCAUUGACUUCAUGUACAGCGGCGUGCUGCGCGUCUCGCAGUCGGAAGCUCUGCAGAUCCUCACGGCCGCCAGCAUCCUGCAGAUCAAAACAGUCAUCGAUGAGUGCACGCGCAUUGUGUCGCAGAACGUGGGCGAUGUGUUCCCGGGGAUCCAGGACUCGGGCCAGGACACGCCACGGGGCACUCCCGAGUCGGGCACAUCGGGCCAGAGCAGCGACACCGAGUCGGGCUACCUGCAGAGCCACCCGCAGCACAGCGUGGACAGGAUCUACUCGGCGCUGUACGCAUGCUCCAUGCAAAACGGCAGCGGGGAGCGCUCCUUCUACAGCGGUGCGGUGGUCAGCCACCAUGAGACUGCGCUCGGCCUGCCCCGUGACCACCACAUGGAGGACCCCAGCUGGAUCACGCGCAUCCACGAGCGCUCACAGCAAAUGGAGCGCUACCUGUCCACCACCCCCGAGACCACGCACUGCCGCAAGCAGCCCCGGCCAGUGCGCAUCCAGACCCUGGUGGGCAACAUCCACAUUAAGCAGGAGAUGGAGGACGAUUACGACUACUAUGGGCAGCAAAGGGUGCAGAUCCUGGAGCGCAACGAGUCCGAGGAGUGCACGGAAGACACCGACCAGGCGGAGGGCACUGAGAGUGAGCCCAAGGGCGAAAGCUUCGACUCGGGCGUCAGUUCCUCCAUCGGCACCGAGCCUGACUCGGUGGAGCAGCAGUUCGGGCCCGGCGUGGCGCGGGAUGGCCAGGCCGAACCUGCCCAAGCCGAGCAAGCCACGGAAGCUCCCGCCGAGGGCGGCCCACAGCCGCACCAGCUAGAGACAGGUGCCUCCUCCCCGGAAAGAUGCAACGAGGUGGAGAUGGACAACACGGUCAUCACUGUCAGCAACAGCUCCGACAAGAGCGUCCUGCAGCAGCCUUCCGUCAACACGUCUAUCGGGCAGCCAUUGCCAAGUACCCAGCUCUACUUACGCCAGACAGAAACCCUCACCAGCAACUUGAGGAUGCCUCUGACCUUGACCAGCAACACACAGGUCAUUGGCACAGCCGGCAACACCUACCUGCCGGCCCUCUUCACUACCCAGCCCGCGGGCAGUGGCCCCAAGCCUUUCCUCUUCAGCCUGCCACAGCCCCUGGCAGGCCAGCAGACCCAGUUUGUGACAGUGUCCCAGCCUGGCCUGUCGACCUUUACUGCACAGCUGCCAGCGCCACAGCCCUUGGCCCCAUCUGCAGGCCACAGCACAGCCAGUGGGCAGGGCGAAAAAAAGCCUUAUGAGUGCACUCUCUGCAACAAGACUUUCACCGCCAAACAGAACUACGUCAAGCACAUGUUCGUACACACAGGUGAGAAGCCCCACCAAUGCAGCAUCUGUUGGCGCUCCUUCUCCUUAAAAGAUUACCUUAUCAAGCACAUGGUGACACACACGGGAGUGAGGGCGUACCAGUGUAGCAUCUGCAACAAGCGCUUCACCCAGAAGAGCUCUCUCAACGUGCACAUGCGCCUCCACCGCGGGGAGAAGUCCUACGAGUGCUACAUCUGCAAAAAGAAGUUCUCCCACAAGACCCUGCUGGAGCGGCACGUGGCCCUGCACAGUGCCAGCAACGGGACCCCUCCCGCGGGGACACCGCCCGGCGCCCGCGCUGGCCCCCCGGGGGUGGUGGCCUGCACGGAGGGGACCACUUACGUCUGCUCCGUCUGUCCCGCCAAGUUUGACCAAAUCGAGCAGUUCAACGACCACAUGAGGAUGCACGUGUCUGACGGAUAAGUAGUACCUUUCUCUCUUUCUUACGAACAAAACGACAGAAAAGAAACAAACAAAAAAAAAGCUAUGGCACUAGAAUUUAAGAAAUGUUUUGGUUUCGUUUUUACUUUCUGUUUUUGUUUUUGUUUCGUUUCAUUUUGUACUACAUGAAGAACUGUUUUUGCCUGCUGGUACAUUACAUUUCCGGAGGCUCGGGUGAAUGAGAGUUUUCCCAGCCUCCCUCGGAUGGUGGCCUUAAGGCCUGGUAGUGCUUCAGGAGGUCCACUGGUUGGAUCUCUCGCUACUGGCCUCUAAAUACAACCCUUCUUUACAAAAAAAAAACAAAACAAAAAACAGAAAACAAAAAACAAAAAAAAACAAAAAAAAAUCUUUAAAAAAAAGUAAAAAAAAUUUUUUUUUUCACUUGUGAAGAGCACUACAAAAAUAUAUAACAAAAUCUAAAAGGCCUACUGUCUUUAAGUACACCGCUUGCAGUGUUUCAGUGGACAUUUUCGCAAUUCUGGCCGCUUGGACUUCACAGUAACCAGUUAAAACUGUGGAAUAUCCCUUCUGGUUGAAAACCCAGAGGAAAGGCCCUGCUGUUUUCCACCUACCACAUUGUCUGAUUUCAUAAAAGGGCUGGGGGGUGGGGGGGCUGGGAAGGGCAGUGGGUCCGGUGGUGUGGGGAAGGCAAGUGGCAGGCUUCUCCCCCAGAUGCUGCCCGCACCCACGCACCCCGGCCCACCUCCUUCCUGUCCCCCCUUUCGGCAGAAGCCAGGAAGACUUGGACAAGCAUCAAGCAACAGUGGCUAUCGUAUUUAUUCAGUGUCUUCGCUGAGCCACAGCCUCAGCACAAUCAAGAGGGACUUUCAUGAAAGGCAGGAAUGCAGAUAAAACAAAGAUACCAGAGGUUUGCACCUACGUUUCUAGGUACAAGAGAAGGAUUAUUUCCCACAAUCUUUGCAAAAAACAAAAACAAAAAAAAAGUGUCAGGAUAUAUUCUUGUGGAAGAGAAAAAGAAAGAGAAAUGGAGGGUGGGGGGGAUAAUAAAAAGUUCUUGAGGCUUUUUUAAUUCAAAUUUUAUAGAGGGGCAAAAGUGACGUUUACCAGAUAGAAUGCUGAUUUUUUUAAUAUAUUUACAACAGUAUUUGUGUAAAAAAAAAACAAAAAAAAAGCGAGAUUGUUAAAAGUAAUUUUCUUUUUCGUUUUGGUUUUGCAUACACUGCCACCAAUCCCUUCUCUUUUAUUUUAUUUCACACACAUAUAUAUAUUUUUUGGUAAGUCAAGACUGUUAAGGUUAGCGAUACUGCUUCCAGAUAGAAAGAAUCAAAGGCAAUUAAAGUUAUAUUUGAAAGAGAGGAAGGAUAUUUUCUUCAUAUUUUUUUUAAUUUUUUCUUAAUUUUUAUUAUUUUAAGUAUUGCCUGGGUUGAUGAGGGCCCCUGUGGCCAGCCCAUCCCUGCUGUAAUUUGAACUGCUGCUUUGUAUUUUGAUAUGUAGUUCUUUGACUUUUAGCAAGCUUAAGUUGCUCCACUGACUUUUUUUUUUUUUUCAACUGAUCCAUCUAGAAUUCUGUUCUUUUUCAUGGGAAGACUUUAUCUUUCAGAAACAGAUUUCUUGCUUCUCUAAAAGUUCAUUGAGGUCUUAUGAUUCUAGACUUUCCCUUGACUUUACUUCUUUUCUUGAAUGAAACACUAGUAGUCUAGAGGUCGUGACAAAUGGGUUUUCCUUUCGUGGGCAGCCAGGAGGAGGAGCUCAUGCCUCCUCACAGCUGCAGAGAGCAGAAGCCUGGUAUAGAUCAGGAUGCCUUGAUGCCAAAAUUGCUUUCUUCCUUCCAAAUACCACCUUCUGACUACUGCCACCAUGGUGAGAGGGCUAAGUAAGAUGAUCCUCCUUUAGAGGGUAUAUUAACCCUUGCUUUCUGGAAAGGUUUUAAGGAAAUUAACAAAAAUUUCUCGGAUACCAACAUCCAUCAUUCAGAAGGCCACCAGUUCAUUGCAUCAUCCUAGAUGCCACUCUCUCUUCCUAGUUGGGAUUUCUCUCCUCGGUCCUGAGCAAAGUAUUGUAACAGGGAUUUUUCCAUUCUAGACAGUGUUCAGAAGGGACUGCAACUCAAAUAUGAGAAUUCUUAAACCUAACAAAAACUCCAAAGGUGAUUUUAUUGCUGGGCAUGGUUUAAUACUCUUAAGGGGGAAAAGGAAACCUUUAAACAAAGCAGAAACACCAAACUGUAAUUUUAAAAAAGAAGCAAAGACAGAAUUUUAAUUUCAAAAUUACUGUGCAUUUUAAUUUUUCUGUCAGCAACUUAUUUGCAAAAACUGUACAACAAAUGAGAAAUCUUCCAAGGGAAGCAACUCGAUAGUGACUAAAUUGGUUUUACUCCUAUAUUUUAGAUAUUAGUUAACUUGGAUCUUUUCCACAAGUUCUUGGUGAUGUUUGGUAGGGUUAGUGCAACUAGAGUGCAUGUGGGUUUUAUUUGGUCCUCUGAUCCUUAAAUCAGUAAUUAUUUUGCCAGCAGUUUAAUGUAAACUUGGAUAGUUAACUGAUUAUUGGGUAUCGCUCAUUGUGAUUUCUAAGAGGAGUCCUAUCAAGAACUAUGUGUCCAAAAUUGAUGUGUUUUAAAAGUUAGUGGGAACCAGCUUCAAAAUUAAGUCCAUUUUUCUCUUGCUAAUUCUGCUUUUUAAAAUAGCAGAGUUGUUAGGACUUUACUAUUUCCACUUACUAUCAACAGAGGGAGCACUAGUUAAUUAACCAUGUCUUGGGGCUGUUUUGGUACCUUGAAAGACAAGUCAUUCAACCCAUGAUAUAAAAAAGAAAAAAUUGACAUUAAGGAAAAAAGCUAUUUAAUCUAGAGGAAAAAUGGCAUAAAAUCCCUCAGCAUAUAUUACAAAUGAAGAAGGCCAAAAGCCACUUUAAAAUAUUUUCGAAUUUUUGACGGUAGCUGAUUUAAGAUCGUGUCCUUAUCCCAGCCUUCACAAAGUAAGGCAGAAUUUACAGUACCUCUAGAAAAGCUGAUCUUGGGUGCCAUUUUGGGCCGAAUUUUGGUAUCUGCUUCUCAAAUCAGAGGGAGACCCAUUUGCCUUAAUGUUGAUGUGCCACGUGAAAAGUGAAGCAAUUGGGUUAAAAUCAAAUCCACAUUUUGUUAUAGAACAUAUAGAGGAAAAAAUUCCAGUUGGGUUUGAAACACUAAUAUUCAUCCUUUCCCUUCAAAUGAAGUAUCUCUUUUUUAAAAAUGUUGGAGAACUCCCAGAGAAUUCUUGGUGAGGUGAUGCAAUCAUUAUAAGCACAUGGAUUCUCCAGGUUUGCAUAGCAGUAGACUUUGUCUUACCGUAUGUCUAUUCCUCUCAAAUAUUCAUAGUCUAAAAUAGUUGAUAGACUUGUUCUCUGGGGAGAGGGAGCAGUUAGACUGCAGUGAAAGGUCUAAUCUAGGGGGGAGCAGUGAACUUGCUGUGGGGUCAUUACUGUAUUUCUGACCUCCUGAAAGGGUGACUUUCCCAACUGAUAUAAACCAGACUAGACCUAUUUCAGAAGGAUAGAGAUGCUUUUAGGUUGCCAAUCCUUACUUUUAAAUUCAAUAAUUACCAACAUUUUAGGAAAUGGGGAAACAUAUUUUGCUUCAAGAAUAGAGGAUGAACAUGAAUCCUUUUAUUUUUUAGUUUCAAAUCCAACAAUCUUCUUACAUUUAGAACUUCAUGCUAGGAUGCUAUGAGUGCUAAAAAAAAUUUUUUUUUCAGUAGUCAGGGGAAAAAAUAGAUAAAAUGGAAGCAAAUGUUCCAGAUUUAAGACCUCUUAAGAUGAAUACAGGGAACAAGAACUGGUUUGGAAAAGAACCUUUUUUUUUUUUUUAGUAAUUUAUGAUUUAAAAGUAGGUUAGCUGAACAAGGGAAAGGAAAAAAAGUCAAAGGGGAAUAUUUAUGUCAACUCAUUUAGAUACAGUUUAUGAAAAAUAAAAUUUCCCAGCUCUGAAAACAUUGGUAGCAUCUUAGCGUGGUAGGCAACUUUCCCCCUAUUACUACAAUAAAUGCCAAUAUUUGUACCAAAAAAAAAAAAAAAAACCCAAGUGGCAAAAUAUGGCCCCCCAAAAGGAAAGAAUUGGAACGGAUGGAUCUAAUAUAAAUCUACAUGUGGGAAAAGGUUAAGAAAUAAGCCAGGAAAAAAUAGUUUGAAAUGGAAGUCUCGAUAUCAAAAAGGCUUUUACUAUAUAUUUUAAUUGAGUUGUAAACUUUAGCUCCUAAUAAUAGUUUAUAGACUUUUUCCUGCCCAAACUCCUAACUCUCUGAAACUGUCUGUGCCGUGAGUAGGUGUGACAGAUAACUUCCUUCUCGUAUUCCAGCUCUGGCGUAUUCCUUCUUCAUAGGCAUCUUGGAGGUCACAGUAGCUCCCAGGCUUAGAAGAAAAGACUUGCAUUUGCUUUGUUGAAAAGUCAUGGGUUUUAUUUUGUAUCAUCCCAAUAUUCUUUAAGGACCAAGAAAACCCUUUGGAACCCAUGAACAGUUAGAAUUUGUGCAGUCUGAUAGGAGAAGAAGAAAGAUUUCCUUUGGCUAUGUGUGUUUCAAGUAAGUCCUAAUGCUUUGACUUACAUGUACCUCCAUCAUACAAGCAUACCAACAGUGUGUACCCAGACCUUACAUACCCCAAAUCUGUUUUCCCUCAGCAGUUCCCUCAAAUGAGGCGUGCUCCUUAUAAAAUCCCUCAGGUCCCCAACAGAACAGAAUAAAGGUUCAUGUUGCUUCCUAGAUGUGCUUCCUCCAUAAUGCGCCCAACACCUGUUGCCUUUAGGAAAGGGAGCAGUGAGCUAGAUCUGGGCAGGGUUCAUACUCAACAUGUCCAUUCAGGAGCUUUCCUCCGUUGUUAUGGAAGAUGUUACUUAAUUAGCUGAGGCUGGGAGAAGAGGGUAUGUGAUUCUGCAGAGAAGGUAUCAGAUAACCAAAUCAGGUCUGCCUCUGCUAUGCAAAAAGAAACAAAACGGAAGGUACAAUUUAAGAGCAGACACAACCUGAGAUGCCCUUGGGCUUUGGGAGAAGGGAGGGUGCCCUUUCUGCUGCGACCUGACUCUUAAAAGAAAUCUCCUGAAAGAAUUCUUUAAUUUAGUAAUGAGUUGAAGUCCAGGGUAAUGGAAGCCGUGGGGAAGAGAACAAAAGGACUGCAAAGUGUAUUCAGCACCCAAUAAUGCGAAACCAAAAAACAUCCAAUCGCAACACUAGGAACUUUGGCAAGAAGUAUUUAGAGAAAUCUCUGGGCUUUCCAUGGGUAGUGGGGUCGACAGACUUUCUUUUGAGUGAUUUCUGGCUCUGAGAAACCUCUUUACUCACUAGAAAAGAACUUUCUUUAAAUGGCCAAUUUUAUCCCCCAGAAAAAGAAAUUUAAAAAAAAAUAAAAUAAAAAUAGGACACUAAA